UUCAGGCUGCGAAAGCGAAGAUCGCUUCGGCAGUCGAUCGACGGUAGGCACGCUUUCGAAGUGGUGGAACUGGCCACCAGCGUACUAGAGAACAGUUAAAAGCAAAACAGCAAAUUUGCUGCAAUAGAAGUACGGACACAACCGAUGAGCAAUAGUGUGUUAGUGGAUGCUACUCAGUGAUAGAGCGUCAAUCACGCGUACACUUCCGAUCGGUCAAAUUAAGGAACCAACGAGCGUGUGCGUGCCUUGUGUUCGUUCUUCUCGGAUGCUAGCCUGUUGUGAAGAAAGUGAUACCAAAGCGUCGAUCGUUCGACGAGCCGUCGAGUCGAGGCAAGUGUUGCUGAUAGCCGGAGACCGAUCAGCCGGACCCUGGUGCAUCUCGUCGCGGCUCUGAUUUUGAAUCUCAUUAGCCAGAACUCGAUCAGACGUUGUGUGCGUCGGACGGGAACGCUGCUGUGUAUUGUGUGCCGCUCGGAGACCAGAACCAGAACGACGCACGGCGUGUGCGAUCAUUUCAACUCGGAGCAAUUUAUGAAACAGGUGUCGUGAAGGUCAAACGGGAAGAAGAACCAGAACGGUGCAUAUUGACAAACGAUUCAGUAUUCCGAGGGGCAGUAAUAAGUCGAAUUUAUUGUAGUUUGUGAUUCGCACGUGUUCGGUGACGAUCUAAGUUGUCGCGAUCAUUGUAGUACGUCAAACCAGCGGUGGCAGCGGAUCGAGUAUGAAGGUGAUCAUUUUGAUCGUGGCAACACUGGUUGUUGGAGCCCUGUGCUCCGAGCAGUGUGUGCCGGGUACGACGUUCAAGGAAGACUGCAACACCUGCCGAUGUGGCGAGAACGGGCUGAAGGCAUGUACGCGAAAGAUGUGUACGUCGGUAGAGGCGGUCGUAGCGGAUGAACCGUACGCCCGUAACGAUAACGCUACUAGCAGCAGCAGCACUACCGAAUCGAUCACUUCCGCUGAUGAGAAGGAAGAGGUGGCCGAGCACACCAACGGACAAGUGUGCACACCGAACGAAAUCAAGAUGAAGGAUUGUAAUCGUUGCCGGUGUGCCAACAAUGGUAUCGGUUGGUUCUGCACCCGAAAAGCGUGUCCUCCGCGGGAGAAGCGAUCACCGGAGCAGGAGGAAUGCUCUCCGGGCACGACGUUUGAGAGCAGCGAUGGAUGUAGCGAGUGUAUCUGCACGCCCGAUAGUAAGGCUGUGUGCACGGAUAAACCGUGCGAGUCGCGAACCAAGCGUGAUACGGGUAAGCCGCAAAGCUGUACACCGGGAACAAGCUUCAAGAGUGCCGAUGGAUGUAAUGACUGUUUCUGCACGGAAAAUGGACAACCCGCAUGUACACUGAAGGCCUGUCUGCCAAAUCCGGCCCCCUACAGGCGUCGUCGUGCGUCACCUCCUAAACCUUACGUGCAACCCGCGCAGGACGGGUGUGUCCCGGGAAGUACCUUUAAGGACAAGGAUGGAUGUAACGAUUGCUUCUGCUCGAAUGAUGGACGUGCCGCAUGCACACUGAUGGCCUGUGAACCGAAUCCCGCUCCAUACCGUCGUCGUCGUUCGGCACCUGCUACGGGCGGUUGUGUUCCUGGACAAACGAAAAUGGCUGACGAUGGAUGUAAUGAAUGCCACUGUACUGAUGAUGGCCGACUUGCAUGCACACGGAUGGCUUGUGCACCGGCAGCUGGUGAAGGAUCGUCUUCGUUUUUCAAGCGGGAAGCUCCGUCACCUCCGAAGCAAGAAUGCGUUCCGGGAUCUACCUUUAAGGACACCGAUGGAUGCAACGAGUGCUUUUGUACGGAUGAUGGACACGCUGCUUGUACGCUGUUGGAUUGUGAACCAUCCAGCCGUCGCCGACGAGAAUCACCUGCGCAGAAAUGUGUUCCCGGAUCUAGCUUUAAGGAUGCCGAUGGAUGUAACGAUUGCUUCUGCACGAAUGAUGGAUACGCUGCCUGUACACUGAAGCUGUGCAUGCCAAAUGCAGCUGGCACCUCAUCGAGCCGCCAACGUCGAUCACCGCAGGAGCUGCCUGCAUGUACUCCCGGAGAAACGAAACUGGCCACGGAUGGUUGCAAUCAGUGCACGUGCACGAAUACUGGAAAAUACGCCUGCACUCGGAUGGCUUGUGCACCGGCAGCGGGCGAAGGAUCGUCUGCGUUCUUCAAGCGCGAAGCUCCCUUGUUGCCAACUCCGACAUGCACCCCGGGAGAGGUCAGAAUGAGCGACGAUGGGUGUAACAAAUGUCGGUGUUCUAGUUCCGGUGUGCUGGCCUGUACAAGAAAAUGGUGCGAACCUGCAAACGAGCAGCACGAAAAAAAAUCCUCGGUUUAUAAACGGGACGCCACCACUGAAUUACCGCAGUCAGAUGUUGCGCCAGGAACACCAGGGUUCACCUGUACACCCCGUAGCUCGUUCAAGUAUCAGUGUAACACUUGUGUCUGCAACGACGAUGGAAAGAAUGCUGGGUGUACCUUCAAAUUCUGCAUACCCGGAGAGUGGUGAGCGGACAAAGGAUGGCGUCGCACGGCGUAACUGACGGAUAUUUCUCUUGCAUUCAUUAUUUCUCCCUAUUGCUUAACAGUUGCAGCUAUUUGCGCAAACGAAUAAUCGUCGAUCAUUAGGACCUUUAGGGCACACAAGUUCUAACAUUAUCUUGUAAACGUUGCAAAUAAAUAUAAUUAUAAGCAAACUUUC